AUGGCCAAAGUUUAUGGAACCAAAUCAAUUGAAGAAGCCCUCAGGCAUUUGGCAAAAGUGACUGAUUCGAACCCGAACGAUCCCUUUGCUUGGCAGGCUAUCGGCCUUCAAUUCCAUUCCGUCCGAUGUUAUCAAGAUGCCUUGACUUAUUUUUUGAAAGCUGAACAUAUUAAGGUAAGUACUCUUAAAAUCCGAAGGGAGACUGGAUAUACUUUUCAUAUUCAGUCCUUCAUAUUCAGUCAGUUUAUACUCAGUCAGGCACCCCUUAAAAUCACUAUUUCAACGACUGAAGUUUGUACUUUAAAUUUGUGAAUUACAUGAUGUUUUAGGCAAAUAUCUCAGCGUCCAACUUAUUUUACAUCGGCGAUUGUCUUCGUCGGAUGGGAGCCAUAGAGGAUGCCAAAACUUAUUACAAAAAAGCCCUGAAGGUUCCAAUUAGAAAUCGGAUUGACCAGAAAGGAUAUAUGGAAGCCAGAAAAUACCUGAUUGACCAAGGAUAUUCAGAGUCAGAACUCAAUGUUUUAUCGACCAGUAGGCUCUGUGCUGCCUAA